AUGGACAGCACAAUAUUAAACAGAAUAGGAAGAAGACUUGAACAAGAUGAGAGGCUGAAAAACGGAAGCACUGCAUUAAAGCAGUUAUUAGAAAGCAAAGAAAUUAAAACAGUGCUUAAAGAAAGGUCUAAGAAUGCAUUAGAGAAAAUAAGCAGUGAGAGUGUCUACUACACAAAAUAUAAAGAAUUAGAUAUAGAUAGUGCUAAGAAACCCUUAGAAGAGGCAUUGCAGUUGAAGGAAACGCCAACAGAAGACUCUUCUAUUAUUCAAGAAACAAAAACAAAGUUGGAGUUUGAGUUUAAAAAACUGAAUAUAAAGAAAAAAAGAAACGAAUGAGAAUAAAAACGGAUAUAUC